AUGUCAUGGUCACCGAUAGGUCGUCCGAUCCGCGUCGGAAUUUUCGAGCACGAUCCGGACGCGUUCAAUUGUUUCCGGCGGAUGCCGAAAAAAUCGUGCGAUAAACCGGGAGCCGAGGUGGAGAUCAUUUCGAUGGUUAUGAAAUUGUUGGAUUGGCAGUGGGAAGUUGUAAGGGAAUUUUUGCCAGGUCAUAACCAAAAUUUGCGAUUUUUUGAUGUAAAAAUCGAGAAAAACGAUGAAGUUUGAUAGAAAAGAAUUUUUUUUGAGAAAAACCAAUUUUUCCGAGAGAAAUACACGAAAAUGAAAGCGCGCAUGUAAAAUAAAUCAAAAAAUGCCACCUCAUCAUUUUAAAAUUACAAAAAAAAACUUUUCAUGUUUUUUUGACAAUACAGAUCGAUACAGAGGCUCGUUUCAACGUGGUGAAUGAUUUCGGUAAUCUUCAACCAGACGGAAAUUUCAGCGGAAUAAUGGGACUGUUGGCGAAAGACAAGAUCGAUAUGAGUGGAUUAUCAAUGCGAAUCACGCCCGAUCGAAUGCAAUUUGCACAUUUCACAUUUCCGAUUCGAUAUUUUCAGGUGCGCGACAGAAAAAACGGGAGAAAAUGAGCUAAAAUGUACGAUUUGGGAGCAUUUUUAAGCUAGAUAAAGCACAUGGCCGAGUUUUUGAACCCUAUUGGUUUCCUAGGCCACCUAAGAUACAUAUAUAAAUUCUUCCAGCAAGUCUACAUAAUCCGUCGGCCUCCGGAAAACGAUUUCCGCAAUUUCGUAUUCGCCCCGUUCUCCACCGAAAUGUGGAUUCUGCUCUUGGCCACAAUUAUGGCGGUUUCUACUGUUCGAUUCAUGUGUGCACUUUAUUGGGAUAGUCGAGUUGGCUCGAAGUUCAACAUCUAUUUUAGUAGUGUUUUGGAGACGUUUGGAUUGAUGUUGAAUCAGAGGGUUCAGGAUCCGUCGGCGGUGUCGACGAUGGUAAGAGACGCAGAGUGGGGUAGAUAUCAUGAGAGCUUAGAGUGUACUAGAAGAUUAGAGACGCAGAGAAGCUAGAGCCAUUGAGACAGCAAAGUAGUUUGAGAGACGCAGAGAGAAUAGAAAGCUAGAUUGGGCUAGAGAUCAUAAGAUGUUAAGAGGAGCCAGAGAGCUAGAGGAAAUGUGUAUAGAGACUAGAGACACAGAGAUCCUGGAGUGUACUAGAAGAUUGGAGACGCAGAGAAGCUAGAGCCAAUAAGAGAGCAUGGGAAUUUGAGAAACGCAGUGAAAAUAGAGAGCCAGAUUAGGUUAGAGAGAAGAGAAGAUAAGAGACGCAGAGAAGCUGAACAAGAGCCCGAGUGUAGACCGCAAGCUUCAGCGGGGGGGGGGCCUAAGCCUAGGGUUAAGGCUUAGGCUAGACUAAGUCUAGAAGCCUAGACCGACAAUCUGGAUUUUUUCAGUUCCUCGAAGGCUUUCUGAUAAUUUCAAUGAUGUCAAUCGCCCAAUACUAUCAAACAUCAAUGAAUUCUCGUCUAACAGCUCCACCAUCGUCUCGAAUUCCAUUCCUACAUCAAGAUCAACUCGCCGAGCAAUUAUAUAAAAAAGAGACAUAUCUCACCUAUUACUUCAAUUAUAGUCUAGAAGGUUCGAGUGUCAAAAAUCAGCGGAUUAUUUCGGAAGCCAUGAAAUUCAAUCCGAUUGUUGUGCGAAGCAAAGAAUCGGAUCUGAUCAAGGAGAUUCAGAAGGGCGGCGUGUUUUAUUCGACUUAUGAUAUCGAAUUUUUGCCACAGGCUGUGUCGACGUGGGAUAAGCGACAGGGUUUGACGGUGAUUCGAGACACGGCUGGAAUUGUGAGCUAUGUGGCGUUUGGGUUUAGUAUUAGCAAUCGGAAAUUGUGUCAGAUGUGGGUUUUGAGGGGGGCUACUGGGCUUAGGCUUAGAUAACCUCUGGGUAAGCCCAGAGUGCCCGAACUUCUAGGCUUCGGCUUCUGGUUAUCUGUGGCUAGGCCCGGCCACUAAGCGCAAGCUUGCGGUUUACACUCGCGCAGAGCGCUCGGCCUAAGCUCAUGUGUAGGUUAAGACAUAAGCAUAGGUGUUGCCGCUUCGCGGAAGACAGUGCCGCUACGCGGAAGCUUGCGGUUUACACUCGCUAUUUUCCGCGAAGCGGCUAAGACAAGGGUUGAGCUGAAAGCCCCGAGCGCUCUGCGCGAGUGUAAACCGCAAGCUUCCGCGUAGCGGCACUGUCUUCCGCGAAGCGGCUAAGACUAGGGUUGAGCUGAAAGCCCUGAGCGCUCUGCGCGAGUGUAAACCGCAAGCUUCCGCGUAGCGGCACUGUCUUCCGCGAAGCGGCUAAGACUAGGGUUGAGCUGAAAGCCCUGAGCGCUCUGCGCGAGUGUAAACCGCAAGCUUCCGCGUAGCGGCACUGUCUUCCGCGAAGCGGCUAAGACUAGGGUUGAGCUGAAAGCCCUGAGCGCUCUGCGCGUGUGUAAACCGCAAGCUUCCGCGAAGCGGCAACGCCUAGCUUAAGCCUAAGAUCAGACCUACGCCUAGGCCCAGCCCUUUCCCAAACCAAAACCAUAACCAUAACCAAAUUCCAGGUUCAACAAAGCGCUCCUCAAAAUCCUUCCCGGAAUCGCCAGCAUAACUCUCGGACCAGGUUAUGGCACCAAAAAACAACCGGAAGACAUCACAGUUCAAGUGAAAAAGACGCGUCUGAGCUUGAAAAAACAUUUGGAGCAACUAUUCUAUAUUUAUCUGAUUGGCCUCGGAAUUUCCAGUUUUUUGUUUUUGCUGGAAAUUUUGUAUUUUCGCCUGGCGGCGAUUAAAAAAAUCAAAGUUUAUCAGGUGAAUCGCGUCGAAUCUGAUACAACUAUUGAAUGUACUUUUACACCGCUUCCUAAUUAA